UCCAAGGCUGAUUUGGUGGUCAUACACCAGUCGAGCUAGAGCUGUGACGCCGCCAGACGAGACAGCAUGUCAUUGGCUGCUUUCCUUCGCUCUCAUUCUACGUUGCGGUUGCCCAAUGUUUUUGGCUUGCUUGUUAGAUGGUAUGAUCGGCAGCCGUUGCAUCCAGAAUGGACAGAGCUGGCAAAGAAACAACUGAAAGGAAAAGACCCUGAAAGUACCCUGACAUGGCGUACAGCAGAGGGCAUAGACGUCAAGCCUGUCUACACCAAGAGGGAUACAGCAUCUUUGGAGGAGGAACUACCGGGUAAGUUUCCAUACACCCGAGGACCGUACACGACCAUGUAUGCUCAAAGACCGUGGACUAUAAGACAGUAUGCAGGGUUUAGUACCGUCGAAGAGAGCAAUAAAUUUUACAGACAAAAUCUGGCUGCUGGACAACAGGGACUGAGUGUGGCAUUUGAUCUGGCCACUCACAGAGGGUAUGAUUCAGAUAAUCCUCGUGUUCACGGUGAUGUUGGUAUGGCUGGUGUUGCUAUUGAUUCCAUUGAAGACAUGAAGGUCUUAUUCGAUGGAAUACCUCUCAACAAAAUGUCAGUUUCGAUGACAAUGAACGGUGCAGUUCUGCCAGUCAUGGGAAUGUUCAUUGCCACAGGACUAGAACAGGGGGUCAAACUUGAUGAACUAUCAGGCACCAUUCAGAACGACAUCUUAAAAGAAUUCAUGGUUCGGAACACUUACAUCUACCCACCUGAGCCAUCCAUGCGAAUUAUCGCUGACAUUUUUAAGUACACGGCGAAGAACAUGCCUAAAUUCAACUCAAUAUCAAUAUCUGGAUAUCAUAUGCAAGAGGCGGGAGCCACUACCGUACUUGAAAUGGCAUACACGAUAGCCGAUGGACUGGAGUACUGCAGAACAGGACUGGAGGCCGGUUUGGAUAUUGACGAUUUUGCUCCUCGUUUGUCAUUCUUUUGGGGUAUUGGCAUGAAUUUUUAUAUGGAAAUUGCCAAAAUGCGUGCAGCUCGUCGUUUGUGGGCGAGUCUUAUGAGGCAAAAGUUUCAACCGAAGAAAGCAAAGUCCCUCCUUCUCAGAGCUCACUGUCAGACAUCUGGAUGGUCGCUGACUGAACAGGAUCCAUACAAUAACAUCAUUAGGACGACUGUUGAGGCUAUGGCUGCUGUCUUUGGUGGCACACAGUCACUGCACACGAACGCGUUUGAUGAGGCUCUCGGUCUUCCUACAGUUACGAGUGCUCGUGUAGCUCGUAAUACACAGAUCAUCUUGCAAGAGGAGACUGGCAUUCCAAACAUUGCUGAUCCAUGGGGUGGCUCAUACAUGAUGGAAAGUCUGACAAAUGAGAUCUACAAUGCUUCAGAAGCUAUUGUACAAGAGAUUGAAGAGAAGUACGGAGGUAUGGCCAAUGCUGUAGCAGAGGGAAUACCGAAGUUAAGAAUCGAAGAGUGUGCAGCUAAGAAACAAGCUCGUAUUGACUCAGGACAAGAGAUUAUUGUUGGCGUGAAUAAGUACAGACCGGACCACGAAGAGACAGUGGACGUUCUCACAAUCGAUAACAGUGCUGUCCGAGCAGAGCAAAUCGCCAAACUUAACGACCUCAAACAAUCAAGAGAUGAAACAAAGACUACUUCUUGUCUUAAUGCUAUCACCGAAUGUGCAAGGAGUGGCAAUGGUAAUCUUCUGGAGCUCUCCGUGCAGGCAUCUCUGGCACGUUGCACAGUCGGAGAGAUAUCAUAUGCAAUGGAGAGAGUGUUUGGACGGCACGUUGCCAUGACAAGAGUCAUCAGUGGUGCUUACAGUGCCGAGUAUGGAGAUGCAAGCGAUUUUACUGAGGCACGGAAACGAGUAGAGGCUUUCAGAGAGAAUGAAGGUCGUGGCCCUCGUCUUCUAAUUGCCAAAAUGGGUCAAGACGGUCACGAUCGAGGGUCUAAAGUGAUUGCUACUGGUUUCGCUGAUCUUGGCUUUGAUGUUGAUAUCGGACCACUUUUUCAGACUGCAGCCGAAGUUGCUCAACAAGCUGUCGAUGCUGAUGUUCACGUCGUUGGUGUUAGCUCUCUUGCUGCUGGUCACAAGACACUCGUUCCUGAGUUGAUCGAGCAUUUGAGAAGUCUUGGGAGAAGUGACAUUUUGCUGGUUUGCGGUGGUGUGAUACCUCCUCAAGACUAUGACUUCCUCUAUAAAGCAGGCGUUGCCAGCAUCUUUGGUCCAGGAACGAAAAUACCAUCUGCUGUGGUUGAAGUUGUUGAUAAGAUUGAGCAACAAUCACAGCAGCCACCAAAGAGGCAAACGGGAACCAUCUGAGAAACACUCAAUUGUGCAUGAUGAUGUAUGCAUAUUAUUAGGGUUUUAUCAUGUUGUUGUAGACAUUGUGAGAAGAUUAAUUAAAUCUCUAGACUACCAGA